CAUUACCUGAGAGUCUUCCAGAAGUCGAUUCAUUUCCGCAUGUGGAAGCAGAAAACAAUGCCUCUUUAAAUAAUGAAGACGCUAGACCUCUCGUGGGGAUCAUUUAUCCUCCACCGGAUAUACGAAAUAUCGUUGAUAAGACUGCCAUAUUUGUUGCAAGGAAUGGCGUACAAUUUGAAGAACGCAUCCGCGAAAAUGAAAAACAUAACGCCAAAUUCAGCUUUUUGAAUCCCAACGAUCCGUAUCACGCUUACUAUCAGUAUAAAAUCGCCGAGACCAAAGGUGGUAAAGUUUCUAAAAAGGCUGAACCAAAAGAGCUUAAAGUAGAGAUUAAGGAAGAAGGUUUUCUACCAAGAGCUCCACCAAAGGAACCACCACCUUUUGAAUUUAUGAAUGAUAUGCCUUCUAUAUCAGCACAGGAUCUUGACAUUCUGAAGUUAACAGCUCAAUUCGUAGCGCGUAAUGGGCGAAAGUUCAUGACAGCUUUGUCGCAGCGUGAACAACGCAAUUAUCAAUUUGAUUUUCUAAGACCGAAUCAUAGUUUAUGUAAUUAUUUCACGAAAUUGGUCGAACAGUAUACUAAGGUGUUGGUUCCGCAAAAAAAUUUGAAUGAAAAAUUAAAAUCUAAUGUCGAUAAUAAGUAUCAGAUAUUGGAACUUGCAUAUGCAUCAAUUGAUUGGCAUGAUUUUGUCAUUGUGGAAACUGUCGAAUUUACUGAAGCCGAUGAAACAAUUGAUCUCCCUCCACCUAUGAGUAUCAUUGAGUUGGAAAACAUGACCCUUGCCCAAAAGAAGAUGGCAUCAGUUAAUAUUGUAGAAACCCAUGAAGAUAAAGCAGCCGAGAUUGAUAUGGAGAUGGAUGAAGAUGUUGACAUGGAAGAAGAGGAGGAUGACCAAGCAGCGGCGGAUGAUGAUGAGCAGGAUCAAGAAUUGACACCUACUGUAACAGAAAUUAAACCUCCAGAUACGUCUGCCCCUAUGAAAAUUGUUAAAGAUUAUGUACCCAAACCUUAUGCGCCUAAAACUACCACCGAAAGACAAACGGUCAUAUGCCCAAGAUGUAAUCAAGCAGUUCCUGUGGACGAGAUGGAUAAUCAUGUCCGUAUAGAAUUAUUAGAUCCUAAAUGGAAAGAACAAAAGAUGGCAGCGGAUGCAAAGAAGAAAGAAUCAAAUUUGUUACAAGAGGGAACGGAUGUUGCUAAAAUUCUCAAGACAUUUUCCGGAUAUCGUUCCGAUAUUUUUGGAAAUGAAGAAACUGAAAUCGGUCGAAAGAUUGGGGAAGAGGAAGAAAAGAAGAAACGAAUUGAAAAGGAAAAGGUUGUGUGGGAUGGUCACACUGCGUCUAUAAAUAUGGCAACUCAACGAGCAGCGGCUGGUGUUUCAAUCGAUGAACAAAUUGCGGCAAUUCAUCGAAGCAAAGGCUUGACAAGUGAUAGCGACUCUAAGAUUGGGAUGCAACCACAUAUUUCCUCUACUCAACAACCUAUAUUCACUGGUUAUCCGUCUCACACAACGCAAAAUGUUUCAAUACCUCCGGGACCUCUGCCAGUUGCGUAUUCUGGCUAUGUUGGGUCUUCUGCGCCAUUUGCACACCAAUUACCGGGUUUUAUUGCACCAAUCGCACCUCAAAAUGUUAAUCUGGCUUCCCAACAACCUUCUCAAGUCCGCCCACCUAUCCCGCCAAUUCCUCAACUUCGCCAAUCUUUACCAGGUAGAACAAUGGAAGACGAGGGGGACUUUACCAUGCUAUCAAAGCGACAAAAAUUAGAUAAUGGAUCCUCGAUGGGAAGCCUCGUAUCAGAAGAAGAAUGGAUAGCUUCUCAUCAGAUUCAGUGCCCAAUAAUAUCUGAGAAACCAGAAUGGAAUUGUCAAGGGCAAAUUAUUGUUCUAGAUAAUUUAUCACUCACAACACUGGUUUCUGCUGUGAAGGAUAAAAUUUUUGCAAAAUUGAAUUUUCCAGCUGGAAAGCAAAAACUUACAAUAGGCGGUGCCGUGAUGAAAAAUCAAGUAUCAUUAGCAUACUAUAAUAUGGAGGAUGGAGGAAUCAUUGGAUUGGCAAUUAAGGAUCGAGGGAAAAAAUAA